AUAAAUCCUAUACUAUCUAAAUAACAAAUGACACUGAAUUCUCGUAACUGGUUUAGACCUUGUCCCGCGUACAAAUAGUUACUGCUCUAGAACGUCAUUUUAGUUCUUUGGCGCAUCUUAUAGGGUACGGAGCCUUUUGUUGUUUGAAUAAAAGAAAAGCGGGAAAUUUGUGUCGUAUUAGCGUAUUCGGCAAAUAUUUUUUUAAAUACUGAAUUACUUUAAGAUAUCUUUUGUGAUAGAUGGUGAUGCAGCUUUUUCCAUGUGUUUCUCAAUGUUAUUGUUAUUUUGUAGGGCGACAUUGUUGGACCGCAUUUAAAGUUUUACAUUUACAAUCUGAGACUGGAUAUCAUUUCUAACAAAAUGGUUGACAGUGAAUCAAAGAAUUUUAUCAUAGAAAAUGGCGUUUACAAGGGCCAAGUAAAGCAUUUGACUCAUUACAAGAGUUUAGGGGAAAUAAUGUGGAUUACCAUUAACAACCAUUGGGACAAAAUUGCACACGUAGACGCUUGCACUGAAGAAACGGUCACAUACGCACAAUUGCAAGAUAAAGUUGUAAGAUGUGCAUUGUGGCUGCAAAAACAAGGAAUUAAAUCCGGCGACGUCAUCAGUUUAUGUACUGGUAAUCAUCUUAAUUCCAUCGUGCCUUGUCUGUCAGCGGCUUAUAUCAACGCAAUUUUCAAUCCGUGGAAUGAGAACAUGGAUUUACAAACUGUGCUGUACUUUUUGCAAAUAACAACGCCGAAGAUGAUAUUCUGCAGCGAGAAAUCCGUGAAUGUUGUCUUGAGUGUGGUAAAGGAGCACAAUUACAAUUCCACGGUGGUGGUUUUUGGCAAGCAUGUCGGUGCGAUAUCUUUCUCCGAUAUCCUGAAAAAUUGCAACGAUGCGGAAGUGGCAAAAUUUCGUUACCUCGAGCUCGACAAUGUUAAGAAGACGGCGUGCAUCAUGCACUCCUCGGGCACCACAGGGAUGCCAAAGGGCGUUGAAUUGUCUAACUACGCUAUGAUAAUUGCCAGUCAGCAAAACAUUAUGACUAUGGCUAAUGUGCCAACACUUUGGUACUCUUGUCUUUGUUGGAUGACUGGGAUAAUCAUGAACUUCAACGGGAUCUGGCAAAGCACCAAGGCGAUCAUCUAUCCGGAGUUCGAUGAGGAGAUGACUUGCCGAUUGAUAGAAAAAUACAAAAUACAAGCUGUUUUCCUUAGUACGAGCAUGAUCAGUCGGUUGCUCAAAUCGGAUUACGUAAAGGAAUAUUCAUUUUUAUCUUUGAAAAUCAUUUUGAGUUCUGGUUCAAUAAUUAAACCACAAGUGCAGGAUAGUCUCGGACGUAUUUUGCCACACGUCCAGAUAUCGCAAUGUUACGGAAUGACGGAACUUGGUAAUAUUGCAACGUUGCAACUAGCAAGUAGUAAAUGCGGAUCUUGCGGAACAGUAAGCAAGAAUGUGCAAAUAAAGAUAGUGCACCCAGAAAGCGGGAAGAUACUUGGUCCAAAUCAGUCAGGAGAAGUAUGUAUAAAAGUACCGAGCAUUAUGACAGGUUAUUACAAAAAUCCCGAGGCGACAAAAACUACGAUUGAUAAGGAAGGAUGGAUGCACUCGGGUGAUAUCGGUUAUGUUGAUGACGACGGAGAAUUGUUCAUUAUGGACCGAAUAAAGGAUCUUAUAAAGUACAGAGGAUAUCAAAUCUCUCCUGGACAAAUCGAGAAUGUCUUAACAUCGCAUCCAGCAGUACUGGAAGCUGCAGUAGUAGGAGUACCUCAUGCAACAGAUGACGAACAUCCUGUUGCUUUCGUCACCAUAAAGUCUGGCGCCAAAGUGACGGAACAGGAAUUGGUAGAUCUUGUGGCAAAGAACAUGCUGGAUCAUUUUAAGCUACGUGCAGGAGUGAUAUUUUUAGAUAGAUUACCAUAUACGAGUACAGCGAAAAUUUCAAAAAAAGAUUUACAGUCAAUGGCAAAGAAACUGGUAAAGCACGAUAACUAAUUCAUUAAAUUUUUUCCUAAUAAUACAAAAGUUGUAUACAUAUAUAAUCGCACGUUACUUGAAAAUGAUAGAUAUUAUAAACGUGCGUUAUUACUAGUAUUAAAAUAUUUUUUCUAGUGACUUAAUCUUCUAAAAUUGUAAAUCUUGCUGAAAAGUUCAGAAUCAACACAAAAUUAGCUUUUAACUAGUUGUAUAUAUUAUAUAAUAUUUAAGAAUCACGUAGUAUUUAAAUAUAUAAAGAGAAAACUGAAAAAUAAGAAUGUUUAUGCCUGAUUAAUGUUAUAAUAAUAGAUUGCAAUUUAUUUUGUUACUAUUAUAAUAGCAGUAAGAUUUGGAAAAAGUAUUUUACGAAAAUUAUUAUGCAAUAAAAAUGUAAAUUGUAUCAAAUGUUAUAGCGUUAUAAUGUAGAAAACAUUGGAAAGCCAGAAACAUA